CGUGAAAGUACAUAUUUGAGGGCGCGCACAGGAGCGAGCGCUCGCACUCCAGCUCUGCGUUCAGUUCGGUUCGGCAGAGACUAUCAAACGCUCCCAACCUUUAUCAUCACUGUAUUUUCUCUCUGGAAAUUAGUACAGCCGAACAAACCAUAAGCAGCCAUGGAUGCCAUUAAGAAGAAGAUGCAGAUGCUCAAGCUCGACAAGGAGAACGCCUUGGACAGAGCUGAGCAGGCUGAGGGAGAUAAAAAGGCAGCGGAGGACAGAAGCAAACAGCUUGAGGAUGACCUUGUAGCACUGCAAAAGAAACUGAAGGCGACCGAGGAUGAGCUGGACAAAUAUUCUGAGGCUCUUAAAGAUGCCCAGGAGAAACUGGAGCUGGCUGAGAAGAAAGCCACAGAUGCUGAGGGUGAUGUAGCUUCCCUGAACAGACGUAUCCAGCUGGUUGAGGAGGAGCUGGAUCGUGCACAGGAGCGUCUGGCCACGGCCUUGCAGAAGCUGGAGGAGGCUGAGAAGGCGGCCGAUGAGAGCGAGAGAGGCAUGAAGGUCAUUGAGAACAGGGCUCUAAAGGAUGAGGAGAAGAUGGAACUGCAGGAGAUCCAGCUCAAGGAGGCCAAACACAUUGCUGAGGAGGCUGACCGCAAAUAUGAGGAGGUGGCCCGUAAGCUUGUGAUCGUUGAGGGUGAACUGGAGCGUACAGAGGAGCGUGCCGAGAUGUCUGAGGGACGCGUUCGGAGAUUACAGGACGAGCUUCAAGUGUUGGACCAAACCUAUAAGUCAUUAAAGGCAUCAGAAGAUCAGUACUCACAGAAGGAAGACAAAUACGAGGAGGAGAUCAAGGUUCUCACAGACAAACUGAAGGAGGCUGAGACCCGUGCCGAGUUCGCUGAGAGAUCAGUUGCCAAGCUUGAGAAGAGCAUUGAUGACCUUGAAGAUAAAUUGUUCACACCACGAUUCCUCCUGCUGGCUGAACGACAUCAUUUUUUCCAGCAUUUCAUUUUCCAUCAUCCCUCUAUCCCUGCCUAUACCUUCCUCCACAUUGGGUUUUCUUUAUAUCUCUUGUACCGAAUCUUUCAUUCUUUUUGCUUUAUCUAAAAAUAAACAUUCUUCUUUCUAUGUAAAACUAUACCUUCUCAUUGUUUGUUCUUUAUUUCUCAUUUCUGUGUGCUUAAAUGUUGUGGCUAUAAUAAAGUCAAGAAGAAUUGCUAGAAGUCAUGGACUGUACCUUGUAUCGUUUUUAUAGAAAUAUGGAAAUAUAGAGAAAUAGGCGUUAACACAGUUGUUGUUGCGGCGUCCAUUCAUUCUUUUGUUGUGGUGUUGGGAUUUUGAGAAGAGUGUGCAUGAUUUCGUAUGGACAUACGUCAAUCAUUAUAUCAGUGUGUUACUAAUUAAUAAUAAACUGCAAAAAAAUUAAUAAAGAUAAAGAAAGCGUGAACAAAACUGGCGCGCUGUUUUUUUCCAGAUGCAGUUGAGAUUUAAUCUAAGAACAAACGCAACAUUUUGAGCAAAAUUAUUGGUUGUUUCAGUGGAAUACCUGUGUUAGUUCAGCUUCAGAUGUGUGUGCUUGUCACCCUGCAUGUUCAAAUCAGACAGACACACUAAGGAAGAGCUGUGAAGUUCUCAUACUUGGGUAUGUAAUUGCUUUUUCAAGCUCUCUGAUCAGACGGUUAUUUCCUUUUUAAUACGCAUGCAAGUUUAAACAUUUGUUCGUCGGGUGAUUGACUGGUGAGAGGUAGUGCUUCGCUGCUGUCCGGGACGCAUCAGGAUGACGUUUUAAACCUUGAAUCGAUGUGGUUUUUGAUUACCUCUGUAUGUGUUUUUGUGAUCCAAUCACAAAACAUUUUGCACCCCGUUUACAAUUAUAUUUAGCACUGACCAUUGCGAUUUAGAUCAUCCAAAAUGUGUCUUAUUACCGGCUGUAAACAGGGUCUUAAAAUAACUGCAGCCAGAGCUAGGGAAUGCUGUAGAAUGACUUCCGGCAGAAGUCCCAUCCGCAUUCUUUUCCCCAGUAAGACCUCCUGGAGAAAGGUGGAUACCUUGUAUUGUUUUUAUAUUAGCUCACUGAGUAAAUGUUAUAGAAAUUCCAAACAGAGGAGAGAAAGUGAGGUCAGUUGUUACACAAGUGUCUAGAGGUCGACCGAUGGUGGAUUUUCCUGAUAACUAAGUUGAGAGAACCGAUUAAUCAACCGAUAGUUUUUAAAAUUGAUGCUGAAUGAAAAAAUAACACUCAAAGUAAAAUAGUGCUGAACUUUUUAUUACAAAAAUAAACAGUACCGAUUCCUACUACUACAAACUCAAGCUUCAUUACAGCAAAAUGCCACAUUGUUUUGUUUUUUUUUAUUCAGUACAGUUGUAUGUAGAGUAGCAAUAUUCACAAAUAGCAGUGGUAUUCAGCUGAUUCUGUGGUGAAGAGGCUCAGACUAUGAGCACAGGCCGGGGGCUGUUCAAACAGACGGAACACAACAGACUGGAACCGAACGCAAGAAUCUCGAGACACAUAUUUCCAAGUUGAACAUCUUUCCUGACAAAGCAUUUAAACAACUUGUUGCUUAAUCUGAGAAAUGCUUAUGAGAGCAAGACACAACGGCCAAAGACCUCCACCAACUGUAAGGGGCUGUUCACACCGAACGCUUUUGCAACCAUCCAUUUGUUUUUCUAUGUAAACGUGUGCUAGACGAACAUCUUUGUUUACUUUGUUUAUUCAGCAUCUCGUGCAGGAGUGCUGUUUUUUUAGAUGAUGUGUCUAAUUAAAAAGAACUUUAAAAGCAUAUUGAGACACCUGCUUUCUGUUAAACUGUAUUUGUUGCAUUGUGUCUAGCCUUUUUUAGCGCAAGAAUGUGAUCGAUCUGAAGUCAUCGUAUUACAGUGAGGAUAUAAAAAUCUAAUUGAAAUCGGAUGCGUUUCUGAUUUGUUUAUACGUUUCAUUCGGCUGCAUGAAGAUAUUAAUUUGCUUUCUCACAUCACUAGCUUUAAAUAUGCAACUUAGCUGGCUAACGAAUGCAUAAACAUGACCAGCUGGAUAUAAACUAAUGCAAUUAGAUAGUAAUUGAUGGUAACAAUUAUGACAUUUAAACAUAUGGGUGGGACUUGUGUAUUUUUGUCACAUUGUUCUAACCGCUUGAGGUUAGCUUUAAUGAUAGCGUCGGCUGAUAUACUGAUCGAUUGUCGGCUGAUAUACUGCUGUUCUCUACUAAUGCAGCAACUAGUCAACAAAUUAAUUACUUUAUAAUGAUAUGACAACAUAUACUGUAUACAUUUUCGUUGUUGAUGUUUUAAAUCCGCAUCUGAAGUGUUCCGCUCCAUGCAGAGUGUAGUAUCACGUGUCAAAACAAACACCACAAUACAUCAGUGAAGUGAUUUCAGUUUUUAUUUCACCUCUAGAGGCCGCUCUUAUACUGUAUAACAACAGCGGACCCUUCCCAGCCACUCCAGCACUGGACGCAAUGGGGAAAAACUGUGUAGAUUUUUGCCAAUAACGAUAGUUAUCGGUGCCGAUCAAUCGGCAAAACCGAUAUAUCGGUCUGUCUCCACAAGUGUCUGACAAAGCUGAUGUCUUUUCAUGUAGGAAACAUUGGAAGAACUCGACAUGUUGGUUUACCCAGUUUUACAUAUUAGGCAAAUUCUUUCUUUCCUCACAUUCAAAUUUCCAUGGGUUUAUAAUCAAGUCUUCCCAUGGGAGUAGUUGAGUCACUUCUAGUCUGAAAUGACUUCAGUUUCUUAAACCACAUUGAUUACUGAUAGCUGUUAUAGCUGUAGGUCCAUACAAUGCAAGUGAAUGGUGGCCAGAACUUUGAAUGAAUGUCUAAAAACCACAUAAAGGCAGCCUAAAAGUAAUCCAUAUGACUCCAGUGGUUAGAUCCAUAUCUUCAGAAGUGAUAUAACAGGUGUGGGUGAGAAACUUAUCAAUAUUUAAGUCCUUUUUUACUUAAAAUUCUACUAAAAUUAAGCACAAAAAAUGUAAAUCACCAAAUCAGAACCAGAAUGUGAAAGUGUACAUUUUUUUGUAAAACAUCUGAUCUAUUUCUCACCCACAUUGCAUCAUUUUUGAAGAUAUAGAUUUAACCACUAGAGUCAUAUGGAUUACUUUUAUUCUUCCUUUUAUGUGAUUUUAUUUUUUUAUUUUUUUGGAGCUUGGUGGCCAGAACUUUCAUUCACUUGCAUUAUAUGGACCAACAGAGCUGAAAUAUUUUUCUAAAAAUCUUUGUUCUGCAGAAGAAAAAGUCAUAAACAUCUGAGAUGGCAUGAGAAUUUUUAGGUGAACUAUCCCUUUACCCCUUGCUCGUAUAUAGAGAGAGGGGUUUGUUGAAAUCCUUAACCCAAAGUAUUAAAAUUGGUUGCAUUUUCUAAGGGAUCAGACUUACCGUUUUGGGCAGGCACAUGAUAAAACAGCAGAAAAGGUCCCAUAGACCUUCAUUGAACGAGGAAUCAAAGCCAUGUCUAAGGACCAGAUAAUUUUUCAAUAUAUGUUUACAUGCACUGUAAAAGUUUGAUUUAAGUUGGACUAAAACACUAAUUGGCAGGGUUCCCACAGUCAUGGAAAACCUGGAAAUAUCAAGGAAUUUUAAAAUUGUGAUUUCCAGGCCAGGAAAAGUCAUGGAAAUUUAUAAAAUCUUAAAAGUCAUGGGAAAAUCAUGGAAUAUUUUUAUUUUAUUUUUUAUAGUUCAUAUAUUUUUAUUUAUUAUGCUCUGUCCUAAAAUAUUUAAUCAGGGUGUUACGUUGCACUGGAUUAAAAACACACAGUGAAGAGUUUAAAAUAUAUCAUGUUAUUUAAAAUACCUGACCAAUUAGAGACAAUGACGUUCCACUAAUCUCCGUCCAUUUUAGGAUUGUCAUUUACCCGCUUAUUUCAGUGAAGUGAGUCUCUCUUUGCUAAUUUUCACAUAACCUACUUUAGCAUGUAAAAUUAGCUUUUACAGCUAAGUUUAGCUUGCCAGGAAAGUGCACCUUUAACAAUGCCUUGCUCAGCAUGGCCAGGUAUGAGAAAUGGCUGGCAAAGGAUCGGGAUCCAACGGUGCCCGGGAAGGGACAGAUUCGGUUCACUUAGUUUUGUCAUUGCCACAUCAUAAGAACUCGUGGGAAUGUGAUAUGUUGUGGCCACUAGAUAUUUUGUUGAGGGAACGACAUCCGUAUCUCGUGGCCAGAAGGAAAUUAUCUUAUUCCCUAGACAAAAUAUUUGUCCCAUGACUUUGUUGAUGUAAAGGGCUAAAAAAGACCUAUAUGAAGUGGUGUAAAGUUACUUUUUGGCUCUAUUUGUUGGAUAUUCAUUUUCUUUUACCUGCACUCUCUGAAAGCGACAGUCUUACAAAAAUAUAAUUCACACACUUAAAGGCUAUAUAACUGUACUACAAAGGCCAUAAAAAAUUGUAUGCAGAACAGUCAACACUUGGUGUGGCUGCAGAAUUAUGACAGAACAUGCACCAAUGCACUUUCGUUGCCUAGCAUACUCAAGGGACCAUCUGAAAAUGACACCACUAUGCUGUUGACAUGCAAGUUAACAAAAAAAACAAAAAAACAAAAGUGCAGUAUUUUCACAUUUCAAAAGUUGUAGUAAGUUCCCAGUGGAUAGACUAAUUUACUACAGGUGAGAUUAUUACAGUAAGUCCAAUUAUGAAUAUAGUAUUUCCUAUUUUAGGAAAACAAAUCACUAAAAUUCACCAAGAUGUCAUGUUCACAUUCCAGAUGAUGUCGCAUGUUCCUAUUUGAUAGACUUACUACAGGUGAUAUUUUGACAGUAUGCGCAAUUAUACAGAUGCAGUUUUCAAAUAUUCUAAACAAAAUUCACCUUAAUGACAGUAACACAUUCUAAAGGCUUCCAGGUAAACUGGUCUCUUAGAGGAGCAUGCCCAGGGAGGUUAGGGUUGAAGUAGGGUUAGACUGUUCUCUCUUUGUAAGAAAAACACGCUAACCAUAGAAUUGUUGUUCCAUAUAACAAGCAUUAAAAAAAUCACUAUCUAUAAAAACACUAAACUCCAACCAAAUUCAAAGGGGAUCCUGUGUAGCUGGGCCUACAGCCUUAAAAAUGUGCAAAUGUCAUUUAGAUACAUUUUGGUGUUUCCUUUUAUAUAUAUAUAUAUAUAUAUAUAUAUAUAUAUAUAUAUAUAAAACUCAGCAAAAAGAAAUGUCCCUUUAUCAGGACACUGCAUUUUUAAGAUAAUUUUGUAAAAAUCCAAAUAACUUUACAGAUCUUUAUUGUAAAGGGUUUAAACAAUCUUUUCCAUGCUUGUCCAAUGAACCAUAAACACAGUUAUAAAAACUUAGGACACUAAAGAGACCUUUCUACUGACUCUGAAAACCUCCAAAAGAAAGAUGCCCAGGGUCCCUGUUCAUCUGUGUGAACGUGCCUUAGGUAUGCUGCAUGGAGGCAUGAGGACUGCAGUAAAUUGCAAUAUCCGUACUGUGAGAUGCCUAUGACAGCGCUACAGGGUGACAGGAAGGACAGCUGAUUGUCCUCGCAGUGGCAGAUGACGUGUAACAACACCUGCACAGGAUCGGUACAUCCAAAUAUCACACCUGCGGGACAGGUACAGGAUGGCAACAACAACUGCCCGAGUUACACCAGGAACGCACAAUCCCUCCAUCAGUGCUCAGACUGUCUGCAAUAGGUUGAGAGAGGCUGGACUGAGGGCUUGUAGGCCUGUUGUAAGGCAGGUCCUUACCAGACAUCACCGGCAACAACAUCGCUUAUGGGCACAAACCCACCUUCGCUGGACCAGACAGGACUUGCAGAAAGUGCUCUUCACUGACGAGUCACGGUUUUGUCUCACCAGGGGUGAUGGUCAGGCUCGUGUUUAAGGAAUGAGCGUUACACCAAGGCCUGUAUUCUGGAGCGGGAUCGAUUUGGAGGUGGAGGGUCCGUCAUGGUCUGUUACACUGAUCAGCCACAACAUUUAAAACCAUCUGCCUAAUAUUGUGGAGGUCCCCCUCGUGCCGCCAAAACAGCACCAACCCUAUUCUUCAAACCACAAUUGUACAGAGUGGUUAUCUGAGUUACCGUAGACUUUGUCAGUUCGAACCAGUCUGGACAUUCUCUGUUGACCUCUCUCAUCAACAAGGCAUUUCCAUCUGCAGAACUGCAGCUCACUGGAUGUUUUUUGUUUUUGGCACCAUUCUGAGUAAAUUCUAUAGACUGUUGUGCGUGAAAAUCCCAGGAGAUCAGCAUUUACAGAAAUACUAAACCAUCAAUGUGUAAAAAAACAAAAAACAAAAAAAAAACCUGUCUGGCACCAACAAUCAUCCAUGUG